CGAUUUGCAUGCUAAAAAAUGCCAACCCCCUAGUUUUUGUGUUUACUUCUAUUUUUCUUCAAAUUUCAUUGUUGGAUUCAAUUGCUACUUCACACCUAAUCGUGAGAGCCAGAAGUGAGAACCAAGGCUUGUCUUCACAAUGGUGGUCUCCGUCAAGAAAGCACUGGUUUUCCUAGUUGCGCUAGUCCUACUUAUUGAACUGCUUUACGCCCAUCCAUAUCCUGAUUCAGGUUCACGUCGAUCAAACAGCCAGCGGGGAAACAGCAGAAGAUCCAGCACAAGAACAUCAAACACCAGAAGAUCGAGACAUUCUUCUUCAUCUUCCAAUGGCGGGUCAUCGUCAUCUUCUUGCAGAAGGGGCCACUGUUACUGCCAACUGGGGUACAAGCAAGUCGAGCUUCCAAAAUGGCCGAGUGAUUUCAAGAUUCGAGAGUACCCUAUUGACAAUCCACCACAAAGGGUGGGACAGCCUCGCAGUGAAAAAGACUGGGAAUGUCAAGACCUCUCGAGAUUUAGCUCAAAGUUUUAUUAUCAGUAUUUCCGAAAGCCUUACUUGUGCAUCAAGAAAAAGAAGGGAAAGACAAUGCCUCAAAUACAGUUCUCCAGCGUAAACAUCACUUCGAAGCGAUGUAUCCGCAUUGUGGAACCAACCGACUACACGUGGCAGAGUCCAUUCUUAUGUGUGCCACAUAAUUCUUGGUACAGAUUCAGUUGGGAGAACCAAGGUGUCCACGGGAGCACUAACUCACGAUGUCUCAAGUGGAAAUUGCCAAAAGGUAGUAAAGAAGGUUGGUGCAACAAUCACUUGUGUGCUCAGGAAAAAAGUGAUGGCAAAGUAUGUGUGGAAAUCGAUGAGUGUGAAAGCAACCCAUGUAAGAAUGGUAGCACAUGCAUUGACAAGCUAAAUGACUUUCAGUGCAACUGCCUGCCAGGAUACACAGGAAAGAUAUGCGCUACAAACAUCAAUGAGUGUGCCUCAAGCCCAUGUAAAAACGGCGGAAGCUGUGUUGAUCUUGUGAAUAAAUAUCGUUGUGACUGCAAACCAGGAUACACUGGAGUGAACUGCGAAACAGAUAUUAACGAAUGCGCUUCACAGCCAUGUAAAAAUGGGGGCACAUGUACAGAUGGUGUCAAUAAAUAUACCUGUUCAUGCGCAAAGGGGUUCAUAGGAACAAAUUGUGAAACGAAUAUUGAUGAGUGUGCUUCUACACCUUGCCACAAUGGAGGACUUUGUGUUGAUAAGGUAAAUAUGUAUAUUUGCAUAUGCAAGCCAGGCUACACAGGAACCCACUGUAAUAUCAAUAUAGACGAAUGUGCGUCUAAUCCAUGUCAGAACGGUGGUACAUGCAAUGAUGGAGUGAAUGGGUACACAUGCACCUGUGCUGCUGGAUAUUCAGGCAUUCACUGUGACGUCAACGUAAAUGAAUGUGCAUCGAAUCCAUGCCAAAACGGUGGAACAUGCAAUGAUGGAGUCAAUGGGUACACAUGCACUUGUGCUGCUGGAUAUUCAGGAAUUCACUGUGACGUCGAUGUAGACGAAUGUGCAUCAAAUCCAUGCCAGAAUGGUGGAACAUGCAACGAUGGAGUGAAUGGGUAUACAUGCACUUGUGCUGCAGGAUAUUCAGGUAUUCACUGUGACGUCAAUGUAGACGAGUGUGCAUCUAAUCCAUGCCAAAAUGGUGGAACAUGCAACGAUGGAGUGAAUGGGUAUACAUGCACUUGUGCUGCAGGAUAUUCAGGUAUUCACUGUGACGUCAAUGUAGACGAGUGUGCAUCUAAUCCAUGCCAAAAUGGUGGAACAUGCAACGAUGGAGUGAAUGGGUAUACAUGCACUUGUGCUGCAGGAUAUUCAGGUAUUCACUGUGACGUCAAUGUAGACGAGUGUGCAUCUAAUCCAUGCCAAAAUGGUGGAACAUGCAACGAUGGAGUGAAUGGGUAUACAUGCACUUGUGCUGCAGGAUAUUCAGGUAUUCACUGUGACGUCAAUGUAGACGAGUGUGCAUCUAAUCCAUGCCAAAAUGGUGGAACAUGCAACGAUGGAGUGAAUGGGUAUACAUGCACUUGUGCUGCAGGAUAUUCAGGUAUUCACUGUGACGUCAAUGUAGACGAAUGUGCCUCAAAUCCAUGCCAGAAUGGUGGAACAUGCAACGAUAGAGUCAAUGGGUAUACAUGCACUUGUGCUGCAGGAUAUUCAGGUAUUCACUGUGACGUCGACAUAGACGAAUGUGCAUCAAAUCCAUGCCAAAAUGGAGGACUGUGUGUUGAUCAAGUCAAUUUUUAUUCUUGUAUUUGCAAACAAGGCUACACAGGAAUUCACUGUGACGUCAAUUUAGACGAAUGUGCAUCAAACCCAUGCCAGAAUGGUGGAACAUGCAAUGAUGGAAUCAAUGGGUACACAUGCACCUGUGCUGCUGGAUAUUCAGGCAUUCACUGUGACGUCAAUGUAGACGAAUGUGCAUCAAAUCCAUGCCAAAAUGGUGGAACAUGCAACGAUGGAGUGAAUGGAUACACAUGCACUUGUGCUGCAGGAUAUUCAGGUAUUCACUGUGACGUCAAUGUAGACGAAUGUGCAUCAAAUCCAUGUCAGAAUGGUGGAACAUGCAACGAUGGAGUCAAUGGGUACACUUGCAGUUGUGCUGCAGGGUAUUCAGGCAUACACUGUGACGUCAAUGUAGACGAAUGUGCAUCAAACCCAUGCCAGAAUGGUGGAACCUGCAAUGAUGGAGUGAAUGGGUACACAUGCACUUGUGCUGCAGGGUAUUCAGGCAUACACUGUGACGUCAAUGUAGACGAAUGUGCAUCAGAUCCAUGCCAGAAUGGUGGAACAUGCAACGAUGGAGUCAAUGGGUACACAUGUACUUGUGCUGCAGGGUAUUCAGGCAUACACUGUGACGUCAAUAUAGACGAAUGUGCAUCAAACCCAUGCCAGAAUGGUGGAACCUGCAAUGAUGGAGUGAAUGGGUACACAUGCACUUGUGCCGCAGGCUAUUCAGGCAUUCACUGUGACGUCGACAUGGACGAAUGUGCAUCAAACCCAUGCCAGAAUGGUGGAACAUGCAAUGAUGGAGUCAAUGGGUACACAUGCACUUGUGCCGCAGGCUAUUCAGGCAUACACUGUGAUGUCAAUAUAGACGAAUGUGCAUCAAAUCCAUGCCAGAAUGGUGGAUCCUGCAAUGAUGGAGUGAAUGGGUACACAUGCACUUGUGCUGCUGGAUAUUCAGGCAUACACUGUGAUGUCAAUAUAGACGAAUGUGCAUCAAACCCAUGCCAGAAUGGUGGAUCCUGCAAUGAUGGAGUGAAUGGGUACACAUGCACUUGUGCCGCAGGCUAUUCAGGCAUACACUGUGAUGUCAAUAUAGACGAAUGUGCAUCAAAUCCAUGCCAGAAUGGUGGAUCCUGCAAUGAUGGAGUGAAUGGGUACACAUGCACUUGUGCUGCUGGAUAUUCAGGCAUACACUGUGAUGUCAAUAUAGACGAAUGUGCAUCAAACCCAUGCCAAAAUGGUGGAACAUGCAACGAUGGAGUGAAUGGAUACACAUGCACUUGUGCUGCAGGAUAUUCAGGCAUUCACUGUGACGUCAAUGUAGACGAAUGUGCAUCAAAUCCAUGCCAAAAUGGUGGAACAUGCAACGAUGGAGUCAAUGGGUACACAUGUACUUGUGCUGUUGGAUAUUCAGGCAUACACUGUGACGUCAAUAUAGACGAAUGUGCAUCAAAUCCAUGCCAAAAUGGUGGAACAUGCAACGAUGGAGUGAAUGGAUACACAUGCACUUGUGCUGCAGGAUAUUCAGGCAUUCACUGUGACGUCAACGUAGACGAAUGUGCAUCAAAUCCAUGCCAAAAUGGUGGAACAUGCAACGAUGGAGUUAAUGGGUACACAUGCACUUGUGCUGCAGGAUAUUCAGGCAUUCACUGUGACGUAGAUGUAGACGAAUGUGCAUCAAAUCCAUGUCAGAAUGGUGGAACAUGCAACGAUGGAGUUAAUGGGUACACAUGCACUUGUGCCGCAGGCUAUUCAGGCAUUCACUGUGACGUCGACAUGGACGAAUGUGCAUCAAAUCCAUGCCAGAAUGGUGGAACAUGCAACGAUGGAGUUAAUGGGUAUACAUGCACUUGUGCUGCAGGGUAUUCAGGCAUUCACUGUGACGUCGAUGUAGACGAAUGUGCAUCAAAUCCAUGCCAGAAUGGUGGGACAUGCAACGAUGGAGUUAAUGGGUACACAUGCACUUGUGCCGCAGGCUAUUCAGGCAUUCACUGUGACGUCGAUGUAGACGAAUGUGCAUCAAAUCCAUGUCAGAAUGGUGGAACAUGCAACGAUGGAGUUAAUGGGUACACAUGCACUUGCGCUGCAGGAUAUUCAGGUAUUCACUGUGACGUCAACGUAAAUGAAUGUGCAUCGAAUCCAUGCCAAAAUGGUGGAACAUGCAAUGAUGGAGUCAAUGGGUACACAUGCACUUGUGCUGCUGGAUAUUCAGGCAUACACUGUGAUGUCAAUAUAGACGAAUGUGCAUCAAACCCAUGCCAGAAUGGUGGAACAUGCAACGAUGGAGUGAAUGGGUACACAUGCACUUGUGCUGCAGGAUAUUCAGGUAUUCACUGUGACGUCAACGUAAAUGAAUGUGCAUCAAAUCCAUGUCAGAAUGGUGGAACAUGCAACGAUGGAGUGAAUGGGUAUACAUGCACUUGUGCUGCAGGAUAUUCAGGUAUUCACUGUGACGUCGAUGUAGACGAAUGUGCAUCAAAUCCAUGUCAGAAUGGUGGAACAUGCAACGAUGGAGUGAAUGGGUAUACAUGCACUUGUGCUGCAGGAUAUUCAGGUAUUCACUGUGACGUCGAUGUAGACGAAUGUGCAUCAAACCCAUGCCAGAAUGGUGGAACAUGCAACGAUGGAGUUAAUGGUUACACAUGCACUUGUGCCGCAGGUUAUUCAGGCAUUCACUGUGAAGUCGAUGUAGACGAAUGUGCAUCAAAUCCAUGCCAGAAUGGUGGAACAUGCAACGAUGGAGUUAAUGGGUACACAUGCACUUGUGCCGCAGGCUAUUCAGGCAUUCACUGUGACGUCGAUGUAGACGAAUGUGCAUCAAAUCCAUGCCAAAAUGGCGGAACAUGCAACGAUGGAGUUAAUGGGUACACAUGCACCUGUGCUGCUGGGUAUUCAGGCAUUCACUGUGAUGUGAAUGUAGACGAAUGUGCAUCAAACCCAUGCCAAAAUGGUGGAACAUGCAACGAUGGAGUUAAUGGGUACACAUGCACUUGUGCCGCAGGCUAUUCAGGCAUUCACUGUGACGUCGAUGUAGACGAAUGUGCAUCAAAUCCAUGCCAAAAUGGCGGAACAUGCAACGAUGGAGUUAAUGGGUACACAUGCACCUGUGCUGCUGGGUAUUCAGGCAUUCACUGUGAUGUCAAUGUAGACGAAUGUGCAUCAAACCCAUGCCAAAAUGGUGGAACAUGCAACGAUGGUGUUAAUGGUUACACAUGCACUUGUGUUGCUGGUUAUUCAGGCAUUCACUGUGACGUCAAUGUAGACGAAUGUGCAUCAAAUCCAUGCCAGAAUGGUGGAACAUGCAUUGAUGGAGUCAAUGGGUACACUUGCACCUGUGCUGCAGGAUAUUCAGGCAUACAUUGUGAUGUCAAUAUAGACGAAUGUGCAUCAAACCCAUGCCAGAAUGGUGGAACAUGCAACGAUGGAAUCAAUGAGUAUACAUGCACUUGUGCUGCGGGCUUUUCCGGUGUUAAUUGUGACGUCAACAUUGAUGAGUGUGCAUCAAGUCCAUGCCAGAAUGGUGGGACAUGCAAUGACGGUAGAAACAGUUUUACUUGUUCAUGUGUUGCAGGGUAUUCAGGGCUGUUUUGUGAGACUGAUAUAGAUGAAUGUGCAAGCAGCCCCUGUGUUAAUAAUGGCACAUGUGCAGAUUUAGUGAAUGAUUUCAGAUGUACCUGCAACAUUGGUUACACUGGAAAACGAUGCGAAGUCAAUAUUGACGAGUGCGCAUCAAGACCCUGCAAGAAUGGCGCAACCUGUAACGAUGGGGUGAACAAAUUCUCGUGUACGUGUAAGCCAGGGUACACAGGUAGAUUGUGUGAAACGGAAAUUAACGAGUGCGCAUCCACGCCAUGCCAGAACAAUGGGUACUGCUACGAUUUCGUCAACCUAUAUUACUGCGUCUGUGCAGCAGGAUUUAACGGUACUAACUGUGAAUUCGAAUGUCCUGAUGGAUAUUAUGGAUUCGAUUGCAAAGGUAUCUGUAGAUGCCCACACAAGCACCAAAAAUGCGACAAACAGAAUGGCUACUGUACUUGCAAGCCAGGAUGGUUUGGAAACAGUUGCGACAAGCCAUGUGCGGCCGGCCGAUACGGAAACAUGUGCCAAGAAAUUUGCAGAUGUCAAAAUGGGGGACAGUGUCAUCAUGUCACAGGGGCUUGUACCUGUCCUGCUGGUUACACUGGAACAUUCUGUGAAACAUCUGUGUUGCCACCAGAACCUACAGAGCCACCCGAGCCAUAAAGACUGUCAACUGAAACAGAGACAAACUCUUACAUAAAAUUACGAAGAAAUGACUUCAAAGCCCAGCAAAUCAUUCUCAAUGUAUUUCAAUAUUGUAUCUAAUGUCUAAUCGAUUA